UCAACGGUGACAGUCGUGACAGUUGUUCUUGACGUAACGUGAGGUUCUGAUUGUAAUCUCAUUUUAUAUCACAACCAACAUAUUUAUAUUAAUUUUGAUAUGGUGAAGAGACUCUUAUCUGCUUUAGAGUAUCCACAAUCUGAUUCGGUUAAUAUUAAUGAUGAAGUAACUUUCCGUAAAAUCGUUGCUUGGGUAGAACUCAAUAAGAUUAAUAAAGCUAGUCCAAAUGUAAAAAAUGGGCUUAAAAACAUAAACUCUGGUGAUUGGCCCAAUGUUUAUGCCAAAUACAAAAAUGAAAUAGGAUUACCAAAUUUGGAGAGUUCACAAGAACAACUGCAGUGGCUUUUAGGUUAUGCUGUGCAAGCUGAAACACACACCAACAGAGAUGUAUAUUUAAAACAUGCAGUAGAACAUUUAAAAGUUACCAAUGUUCCCAGUGUGGUGACUGAAAAUCCUCUGGAUAAAUUAGACUUCCAUAGUAAAGAUUUUGCAGAUGGGAUUUCAAAUGUUGCAAAAUUGUUAAAUGUUACACCACACCCUGAUCCCAUUAUAACAUUAAAUGCAGUAGCAAAACUUGUCACAACUAGACUGUCUCCUCAAGCGCAAGCAAAUCCAAAUGAAGUAAUUGUCAAGGGAACACCCUUUCCAUUCCAAGAUGCUGAUUUAGGUUUUGAUUUACAUGAUCCAGUUUUAAAUCAAGCUGCUAAAGUGCUGAGAAUUUUAUACAUUCAUGACUUACGAGAAUUACAGACAAGAGCAAAUGAAUUAGUUGUCGCUGUUCAAAAUGUAACAGCUAAUCCCAAGACUGAUACAAAGCUUGGAAAAGUCGGAAAAUGAUUAAGAUUUAUAUUACAUAUAUUUAUUUAUUUCUGAUUUACUCAUGAAUAUCUUUAUAAUUACGAAAUGGCGAUUUAUCAAAUAUUUCUCCGAUACCUAAUCCUACGCAACCUAAAAUAAUAAAAAAAAGAAGCAUGUG